CUCCCGACAAAAAAAAAGAAAGAGAUCAAAGAGACAAAUUAUCUUUUGCCACAUUCUUGUCUCAAUCUUCUUCUUCUUCUUUAUUCUUCCCAAUCUCUCUGACGAGCUUCGGUUCUGUUUCCGGUGAUCACUGACCAGAUGACUGAUACACAUUCUCUCUCUCAACCAACUCCUUUUUUUUCAGUUUUGAUUGCGGUUUUACUUACUUUUAGCUUCAAGGGUCGCCAUUGCAUUAGUUUCCUUGUAAUUUGGAGAGUUUUCACAUCAAACUUGAGAUCUGUUUUUUUGGUUGGCGAGAUUGUUAAUUCGCUGAAAGUUGUCGGUUCAUUAAACUCAUGAGAUUAUGAGAAUGCGGUCGUGCUAAUCCGGAAAUUGUGGUUGACUUAAGUGAAAGAGAUUCUUUGAUUUUUUUUCGAGGAGUGACAAUAAAUGUUUCGCCCUGGUUUUGCGUGGUGAUGAUUACACUUUAACCUUUGACUUGGUGAUCAUCUGAUUAGUCUUCUUCUUAGACUUAAAAGCCUGUGAGGAGAUUCAGAAAUGUGUAAAACGGAGAAGUUUCUAUACCACAGGAAGUUCUUAGAGAUGAAGGUUAAGUUUCUAGUAGAUAGCAAGUUCAAGAACUCCUUGGUUUCAAGGUCUCGUAUGAGCCUAUGGAUGAUUCGUUUUAUCACCAUACUGUUGAUAUGGACUUGUUUUGUUCAUUUGGUGUAUUUGGGAGGAAGGUUGCUCAAAGGCUGGCCUUGUUGUUUCAAUAUUCACCAUGAGUUCCCAAUGGCUGCACAAGAAAUGUCUUCUCUUCCCAUGAAACUCCCCCUCCCACCUAAAAGGAUAUAUCAGAACAAUGGCUAUCUUAUGGUUUCUUGCAAUGGAGGACUCAACCAAAUGCGAGCUGCGAUAUGUGAUAUGGUGACUAUUUCAAGAUACAUGAAUGUCACACUUAUUGUCCCAGAGCUUGACAAGGCCUCUUUUUGGAAUGAUCCAAGUGAGUUCAAAGACAUAUUCGAUGUGGAUCACUUCAUAACUUCUUUAAGAGAUGAGGUUCGUAUACUCAAGAAGGUUCCUCCAAGGCUUAAGAGAAGGGUCGAGCUCGGCGUGUACCACACCAUGCCUCCUCUCAGCUGGUCCAACAUGUCCUAUUACCAAGACCAGGUUCUUCCCUUGGUAAAGAAGCAUAAGGUCUUACAUCUGAACAAGACCGAUGCUCGGCUUGCGAAUAACGAACUUCCUGCUGAGGUUCAGAAGCUGAGAUGCAAAGUAAAUUUCAACGGGCUUAGGUUUACUCCCAAGAUUGAGGAAUUAGGUAGAAGAGUAGUCAAGAUUCUGAGGGAGAAAGGUCCCUUUCUGGUUCUGCAUCUCAGAUACGAAAUAGAUAUGUUGGCAUUCUCUGGUUGCUCCCAUGGUUGCAACCGCUACGAAGAGGAAGAAUUUUCAUUGCUUAGAUAUGCUUAUCUAUGGUGGAAAGAGAAAGUAAUAAACUCAGAGUUGAAGAGGAAAGAAGGUCUUUGUCCACUGACUCCAGAAGAAACAGCUCUGACACUAUCCGCCUUAGGCAUUGACCAUAAUGUGCAGAUUUACAUAGCUGCCGGAGAGAUAUACGGUGGUAGAAGGCGGUUAAAGGCUUUAACAGACGUCUUUCCAAAUGUGGUCAAGAAAGAAACUCUGUUAGAUUCCUCUGAUUUGAGUUUUUCUCAGAACCAUUCUUCUCAAAUGGCUGCUCUUGAUUACCUCAUCUCGCUAGAAAGUGAUAUAUUUGUUCCUACUUAUUAUGGGAACAUGGCCAAAGUUGUGGAAGGUCAUCGCAGGUUCUUGAGGUUCAAGAAAACGAUUGAGCUAAACAGGAAGUUCUUGGUUAAUCUAAUAGAUGAAUACUAUGAAGGGUUGUUGAACUGGGAAGUAUUUUCAACAACGGUGAAGGCCUUUCACGGUACAAGAAUGGGAGGUCCCAAGAAGCGGCUUGUGAUUCCGAGUAAACCUACAGAAGAAGACUACUUCUAUGCUAACCCUUAUGAAUGUCUUCAGCUUUUACAAGAGAAUGAUAGUGGAAAUUCACUAGAUGAAACAAUGUGAUACUGAUCCACACAAUUGCUGUCUUUGGCUGCGGAGAUCCUUCUCAGGGUGAUGCAAGACAUACUGGCAUUCUAUAUCAAGCUUGAAGAUGGGGUCUUAAAAUAGAUCAUGAGAAGUUAUUUAGGGUUCUUUUAGUGUACAGAGACUUCUGAAGAGCUAUCAAGAUAGUAUCAUAUAUGUAGAAGUCCUCUC